AUGAAUACUAAUAAUGCAACGCUUGUUCAAUCAGACCCUUCAACUGGAGUCACGACUCCCGAACCACCCUACAGCAUCUUCGAUAAGCGACAGAAGCGGUUGAUCAUCAUUAUUCAUCCUAAUAGUCUCCGGAUCGCAUUCGACAUUUACUUCCCAGCAUUACCGACAAUCGCCAAUGACCUCAAUGUCUCCAUCGAACUUGUCGAUCUGAUUGUUACAUCCUAUCUCAUCUUCCAGGGCCUAGCACCCAGCCUCUGGGGGCUCAGUCUCUGGUGUGAAAGGUCGCCGGACAGCAUAUUUGUGCACAUUCGUUGUCUUUCGGGCGCCUCUAUCGGACUUGCUGAAACGAAGAGUUACCCGACACUCAUUGUUCUACGAUGUCUUCAAAGCACCGGUAGCGCCACUACAAUCGCGAUUGGAUUUGGUGUUAUCAGGGAUAUCACCACUAGGGCCGAGCGCGGUGGCUACAUGGGGAUCUUCCAGGCUGGCCUCCUCGUACCCGUUGCCGUGGGCCCAGUCAUCGGGGGUGGCAUUGCUGGAUCUUUGGGAUCGAAGGCGAUCUUCUGGUUCCUGACUAUGUAUACCGGAGCUUUCCUCCGCUUUCUCAUCGUCCUUCUACCGGAGACUUUACGAUCGAUAAUUGGCAAUGGGGGCUUCGAAGCCUUCCAAACCCAUUGGUUAACAAAGAAGAGGGUUGAUGCUUUGGGAAAUCUUCGGAUACUCAUUAGCAAUCACGCGGCACCAAUCAUCAUUUUCCUCGCGCCGCUAUGGUUUGCCAGAGAUACAAAUCAUGUUGACUUUAUCGCAAACGGUGUAAGAUCUAUGAUUGGAACUCUCGUGACUGGCAAAAUCGUUGAUGUCGACUAUCGUCGUGUCAAAGCCAGGUAUGAGGCUUUGCUUGAUACGGAGCAAGGGGGAAAAUCCAAUGCGGCUACACGAGAAGAGAACAUUCCCCUCGAGAAGACGCGCCUUCGGCUUGUACACAUCGCUGUGUCUCUUGUCUCGACCUUCAUUACUGGCUGGACUGCAGUCUCGACACAGUCGCUCAUCAUGACCUACCCUAUUGAUGUCUUUCCCGAUAGGAGCGCUGCGGCUAGUGCUAGUCUCAGCCUUGCACGAUGUCUCUUUGCUGCGGGAGGUACAAGCUUCAUCAUGCCUCUUAUCAAUCGCGUUUGGGUUGGCGUGGCCUUUACCAUCUGCUGGAGAUUUGCCGCUGGGUGGAGAAGAAUGGAGAGGGAACGAGAUGCCCAGAGGGCGGGCGUGAAGAACUCAAAGUCAUUGUUUCGCCGAAAAUUAUCACUAUGUCCCUCUUACAGUUGA